UUUCAGAUGGCGUCAUCAAACCGCGUCUCAUGCAGUUUGGAAAACACAUGAGCAAGGGGUGGUUGUAGUAGUUAACGUUAGUUUAAUAGAAAUUAGACUAUUACAGUGAUUUAAAGAAUAGUACUUGUGAACGAGUCUUGACGACGUUGAUUAGUGUUCAGUGUUAACAUUUUAUUGGAGUGCUUUAUCUUGCUUUUGGAAUGUCUCUGUUUGUUGUAAACAGAUAUCUUGGAGAAAAUGAAAAUGAGAGUGUCCCGAAGGAGUCUCGCUCUCAGGCCUUACUGGCUAAACUGCAGCAGAAGGCCAAAGAGAAGCAGAGACAGAGUCAGACGGAGAGGAAACGACCGCUGAAAGAACGGACCGAAGAACAAGAAGUGAAAAAGAAGAGGAAAGCUGACAAGAACAGCACUCAAGAGCCCGAAUGUCGCAAAAAGAGGAAAUCAGAAGAUCUGCCUCUAUUCAAUGCCAACUGUGAUCACGAGCCUGUGGAAGAGGCCCAGAGGAACGAGACGGGUGCAAACGACAAACAGAAGAAGAAGAAGACAAAAACGGAGAAGUCAUCCAGUCCAGUUAAAGGUUCUCCCGACACUCCAGAGACCGGGAGAGACGAGCCAGAGGUCACCGGGGGAGAAGAAGAGGAGGCACAGGCGGGAAAUGUGACACUAAUAGAAACCACGGAGAAAACUCCUGCUCCAACUGGGUUCACGGUUCUGGGUGGAUUCGAGAGCAAACCGGUCCAAAAGGUACACAGAGUGCUGCCUCAGUGGCUCGCUCAGCCGGACGUGAUUCACAGAGACAUCAGAAGCAACUUGGUCCCCGUCGCCGACCUCCCGCAGCUCUCCGCUCUGCUGGUGAAAAAACUGCAGAUUAAUGGAAUUCAUCAACUCUUUCCAGUGCAAGCAGAGGUAAUCCCGGCCAUCUUGGAGAGCGCACAGCAGGGGCUUCUGAUUGGACGAGGCGGCUACAAGCCCAGAGACAUUUGCGUGUCGGCGCCGACGGGAAGUGGCAAGACCCUCGCGUUUGUCAUACCUGUCAUACAGGUGCUGACGGAGCGUGUGGUGUGUGAAGUCCGGGCGUUGGCCGUGCUGCCGACCAAAGAGCUCGCCCAGCAGGUGUGCAAGGUGUUCAAGUCGUACGCCGAGGGAACCUCUCUGAAGGUGGUGAUGCUGGCGGGUCAGAAGUCUCUUGCUGCCGAGGAGGCCUCGCUCUCCGAACUCAGAGGGGGAACGAGACGCAGUUUAGCCGACAUCGUCGUUGCCACACCGGGUCGACUCGUCGAUCACAUCAACAAGAACUCAGGCCUGAGCCUGGAGCACCUUCGGUUUCUGAUUAUUGACGAGGCUGACAGGAUGAUUGACAGCAUGCACCAGUCUUGGCUCAGCCAGGUGGUGAAGGCGGUGUACCGAUCCGGAGGCGGCGCGGACCCCGUGUCCAUCUUCAGGCGGAAUGAGCCGGCACACGUCACAGCAGCCAGUCUGUCUCCGCCUCAGAUGCCGCUGCAGAAGCUGCUCUUCUCUGCCACGCUGACACAGAACCCGGAGAAGCUCCAGCAGCUGGGCCUCCACCAGCCCCGACUCUUCAGCUCCAUCCACAGUCACUCCGGCACGCCGCAGGCCUCCGCCCAGACGCAAGGCGGCUUCGACUUCCCCCAAGGGCUGACGGAAUAUUACGUGCCCUGUACGAUGAGCAAAAAGCCCCUCCUCAUCCUCCACUUCAUCCUGCGCAUGAAGCUCAGCCCCGUCCUCUGCUUCACCAACUCCAGAGAGACCGCCCACAGGCUCCAUCUGCUGGUGCAGUUCUUCGGGGGGAUCCAGGCGGCUGAGUUCUCCUCCCGCCUGUCUCCCGCCGAGAGGAAGAAGACGCUGAAGGAGUUUGAACAAGGAAAGAUCCAACUGUUGAUCAGCACAGACGCAGCGGCCAGAGGCAUCGACAUCAACGGGGUCAAAUGUGUCGUCAAUUACGACGCGCCGCAGUACAUCAGGACGUACAUCCACAGGAUUGGAAGAACAGCGAGAGCGGGGAAGCCGGGCCUGGCCUUCACCUUUCUGCUGGGAGUGCAGGAGAAGAGCUUCCUUCAGAUGGUGGUGGAAGCAGGAACUCCUGGGAUCCAGAAGCAGAUCGUUAAACCGGAGAACCUGAAGGGGAUGGAGGCUCGAUUUGAACAAACUCUGCAGGAGCUUGCCAACGCCAUCAAGGAAGAGAAAUUUCAAUGAAGGCGCAACCUGCGAGCGGACGUCUUUGCGUCAAAGACCAGCUUUCACUGUUUUUACAGUUAUAUAUGUUUAAUAAAACAUAAAGUGUC